UGCCAGUUUUAGCCAAUCACAAACACGGAUUAUGCGGCUCUUCAAGUCUGACCAUACACCAUUCAGUCCGUCGUAGAAGACGUGGUGUCAAUUUAGAAGUAGGAAAUACACCGUUUUGGUGUGGCAUCUCUGGACAACCUCGCAACCAAGUCCAUACUGAGAUUCAGGAGAAAUGUCUACAACUGAGAAUAAUCCUUAUCAACACAUCGUUGAGCCACUGAAUCCUGACAACCCAAAUCAGCAGUUUUACAACCUUUCCAAACUUGGAGAUAGCAGAUAUGAACGUUUGCCAUUCUCCAUCCGGGUUCUCUUGGAGUCCGCGGUGCGUAACUGCGAUGGGUUUUUGGUAAAGACCUCAGACGUGGAACGGAUCCUUGACUGGAAGCAGACCCAGACUCAAAAUGUGGAGGUACCAUUCAGACCAGCACGUGUCAUCCUCCAGGACUUUACUGGUGUCCCUGCUGUGGUGGACUUUGCUGCCAUGCGUGACGCAGUCAAAACCCUGGGUGGUGACCCAGAAAAGAUUAAUCCAGUUUGCCCUGCUGAUCUUGUCAUAGACCAUUCCAUUCAGGUGGACUUCAACAGGAAAUCCGAUAGCUUACAGAAAAACCAAGAUUUGGAGUUUGACCGUAACAUGGAACGAUUUCAAUUUUUAAAGUGGGGAUCCAAAGCCUUUAGAAACAUGCGGAUCAUUCCUCCUGGAUCAGGGAUUGUCCAUCAAGUGAACCUGGAGUACCUUGCCCGGGUGGUGUUUAGCCAUGAAGGGUUUUUCUACCCAGACAGUCUGGUGGGAACAGACUCCCACACCACCAUGAUUGAUGGCCUUGGGGUCCUUGGUUGGGGUGUGGGUGGUAUUGAGGCGGAGGCAGUGAUGCUGGGCCAACCAAUAAGCAUGGUACUACCUGAGGUAGUGGGAUACAAGCUGCAUGGAACCCCAAAUAAACUCAUAACGUCCACUGACAUCGUUCUUACUGUUACUAAGCACCUGCGUCAGGUGGGUGUAGUGGGGAAGUUCGUGGAGUUUUUCGGUCCAGGUGUUGCCCAGCUCUCCAUCGCUGACAGAGCAACCAUCGCCAACAUGUGUCCAGAGUACGGCGCCACUGCAGCGUUCUUCCCUGUGGACGACAUCAGUGUUCAGUACCUGGCCCAGACAGGGCGAGAAGCAGAAAAGCUGAACUACAUCACAAAGUACCUUAAGGCAGUGUCCAUGUUUAGAGACUACAAUGACGUCUGUCAGGAUCCAGAUUUUACUAAGGUUGUGGAGUUGGAUCUCAACACAGUGGUACCCUGUUGCAGUGGCCCUAAAAGACCUCAGGACAGAAUUCCUGUUUCUGACAUGAAGAUUGACUUUGAAACAUGUUUGGGAGCAAAGCAAGGCUUCAAGGGUUUCCAGCUGCCAGCUGAGCGCCACAGCACCGUUGUCCCAUUCCAGUUCAAUGGAAAUGAGUACAACCUGAGCCACGGCUCGGUGGUCAUCGCUGCCAUCACCAGCUGCACCAACACCAGCAACCCAUCUGUCAUGCUGGGAGCUGGACUCCUUGCUAAAAAGGCUAUAGAGUGUGGCUUAAGUGUUAAGCCUUACAUUAAGACCAGCCUGUCACCGGGCAGCGGAGUGGUCACAUACUACCUGAAAGAGAGUGGUGUUAUGGACUACCUGUCACAGCUGGGUUUUGAGGUUGUGGGCUAUGGCUGUAUGACGUGUAUAGGCAACAGUGGUCCACUCCCUGAUUCGGUGGUGGAGGCCAUAACGCAGGGAGAUCUAGUCGCUGCAGGCAUUCUGUCAGGAAACAGAAACUUUGAAGGGCGAGUUCACCCCAACACCAGAGCUAACUACCUGGCGUCUCCACUGCUUGUCAUUGCUUAUGCCAUUGCAGGAACUGUGAGGAUAGACUUCGAGAAGGAGCCCGUUGGCACCAAUUCUGAAGGCAAGGAGAUUUUCCUGAGUGACAUCUGGCCCACACGAGAGGAGAUCCAGGCCAUAGAAAGAACAUUUGUUAUCCCAUCAAUGUUUAAAGAAGUCUACGAGAAGAUUGAGAAAGUGAAUGAACGCUGGAACUCUCUAGUGGCCCCUUCUGACAAGCUCUAUUCCUGGGACCCUCGGUCAACCUACAUCAAGUCUCCUCCGUUCUUUGAUGGUUUGACCAUGGACUUACAGCCUCCCAAGUCCAUAAUCAACGCCUAUGUUCUGCUGAAUCUGGGAGACUCGGUCACCACUGACCACAUUUCUCCAGCAGGGAACAUCGCCAGAACAAGCUCUGCAGCGCGCUACCUGACCAAAAGAGGUUUGGCUGCUCGGGAUUUCAACUCCUACGGAUCGCGCAGAGGGAACGACGCCGUGAUGGCCAGAGGAACGUUUGCAAACAUCAGACUCUUUAACAAGUUCCUCAAUAAGCAGGCGCCGCAAACAAUUCAUCUGCCAACAGGAGACGUGGUUAGAAUACGUCAUUUCUCUGUUCUCGUCUUUAAGGAGUCCGGCUCAGGCAGCUCCAGAGACUGGGCUGCCAAAGGACCCUUCCUGUUGGGCAUUAAAGCUGUCCUAGCAGAGAGCUAUGAGCGCAUCCACCGCAGUAACCUGGUGGGAAUGGGAGUGAUUCCUCUGGAAUAUCUAACAGGAGACACAGCUGACAGUCUAGGACUGAGCGGCAAAGAGCGCUUCACCGUCAUCAUCCCUGAGCAGCUCACUCCCAGGAUGAUCAUCGAUAUUCAGCUCGACGCAGGGAAAACAUUCCAGGUGCGAAUGAGGUACGACACGGAUGUGGAGCUGGAGUACUUCCGCCACGGAGGAAUUCUCAACUACAUGAUCCGCAAGAUGUCGGAAAACUAAGAGGCACAGAGACGUGUGUGUUGUACAGUCGACAAACAAGACAUCUGGAACCUGAAAUCUCGCAGCCCGUGUCAGUGUUUGAUGCAACAAGUAAUUUACAGAGAGCUGUGUGCAGACGUCAAAUGUGACUUUCUCUUGUGUGAGGAAGAUGCUGCUACAAGUCUUAUUUGACAGGAGAGGUGAGGUGAACGUUCUGCACGUGUGUGUAUUUGGAUAUGAUUAUGAAUAGUUGGAUUUAAAGUCAUGAAUAUUUACUAAAAGAGCUGUUUCUCUCUUCACUCGCUUCACUUUUGUCAAAAAUGUUUAAAAAUUCAGAGAAGUGUAACCUUCAAGUACAUUUGUGUCUGUUUUAACAUAAAAAAAUAUAUGUUUACAUCAAACAUUAUUGAAAUAAACAAAGACGGUUUUCUACCUUAGUUUAAAAGCUGCUUUUUCCCUCUAUACAUGAAGUUCAAAUUAACUGUAAACAUAUUUCCACUUUUAACUGUUAAUGUCAUUAUAUUUCCAUCCACCCAGAAAGAGAAGAAAAAAGAUUCCUCGCAGAUAAAGAAAUUCUAAAACAAACACUGGCUCAGGACAUAUAUAUAGGUUUUACUGACAAGAAAUGUCAGUAAAACCUAUAUUAAAAUAUAUAUUUUACUGACAUUUUUUUCAAGCUACACACAUUUUUGCAAUUUUUUCCCCCCAACUGUUCACCCUGAUGUUUUUGUCUCGGAUUAGAACCGACCUGUUAGCUUGUGGACAUUCCAGUGUAACCCUGUUUUAUCUAUGGAUCUGUUGCCUUAAUGACCUCAUGUGUGGUACUGUUGAUUUACAGUGUAAUUGUAAUGAAUCAUUAUUUUGUAUGUGGCUGUCUUUGACCACGGGAUACUUGUAACUGAAUAAAGUAAAGCUGUUUUUGCGGUA